AUGAGAGCCUUUUCUGCAGGUGAUAAAGUUGAAGUGUGGAGCGUCACACAGAGCACUUGGCUUCCGGGUGUGGUUGAGGCCUUUGUCGCAGAACGCGCCACUGUGGAGGGUGUCCAAUGGCCUGCAGGCACCAUCAAGGUCUGCACCCAGGGAGGAGGAUAUGAAUGGAUUCCCCAACUGGAGACCAACGUCAGCGUUCGCAGAGUUCCCCUGGCCGAGCAAGGGACACUGGAUCAGAUGAUUGCAGCGAACGGUUUGUUGGCAGAUUCUGCCAUUCUUUCUGCCAGCUGCCCAUCUUCUGCGUACGACGCGACGGGGCUUCAAUAUGGAUUUCCAGAGCGGCAGACUGGCUCAGAUCAAAGCCCGGUAUCAGAAGAUGUGCGCAAUCUCCUGGUAGACCAUUCUUCGUUCUGCGAUGAGCGCUCGAAGCGAAGUCUAUUGGACCUUGAUUCUUUGGCCGGAAUUAUGAAGGAGUCCGACGCAGCAGUGAAGGCAACGAUUGGGCAGAACGUCAUUGUGCUGAUGGGAUCCACUGGAUCCGGGAAGACGUGUUUCAUGCACACAAUUGCAGGCCAGGAGCUGAUUCCCAAAUCCAAUGGUCUUUCCAGGGAUGGUUGGGAAGCCAAGCAUCCCAUGGAGGGCUUUACUAUUGGCCACACUCAGCGAUCUGAGACGCGAAGUCUCAGGGCCUUGAACGUGAAGCCGGAUGUGGUUGUGGUGGAUGCGCCGGGGCAGUCCGAUACGCGAGGCGAUGACAUUGAAAUUGCCACCUCUGCGGCAUGUAGCCAGAUUGCGGAAAAUUGCAGGAUGCUCCGUUUUGUGGUGCUGAUCAAUUGUGCCACACUACUUUCGGACCGAGCUCAGGGAUUGCGGCGGAUCGCAGAACUGGUGGCCAAUGUCAUGCCAGACUUUGGAAUUCGCAGGGACCAUCCUUAUGCAGCAAAUUUCUUCUUCACGCACGUGGAGGUCCUUAACCUUCAGGAGAAGCUGGACCCCGAAUCUGCACGCCAUCAAGUGUAUGUAUGGCUUCGCGAGGUCUUGGGUGGAAGCGAACUUGAUGCUGACAGCUAUGCACCUCUCAAUUUUAUGCUCAAAUCUAUGGAGCUUGAUCAGGAGGGGAAGAUGCCCAGGCUUGUCGACGUGUACAAUCCAGCCUGGACGACUCAAGAGUCGUUGUGCACGGCAGUAAUGCGAUUUGGCCCAGACUUUGCGCUCGGUCAACACGGGGACAGCACGAGAGCGAGUUCAAUCGGUGCUUUACUAUUGCCUGCAAGCAAGGCUAAAAUAGAGCGCAUGCUGCUGACCAGUCGGGAGGAAGUUCGGGUCAAGUUGCAGCAAGCCAAUCCUGAAGACGUUCCACAUUUGAGUAUUUUGCGGCACAACCUUGAGCUCGUGAAGGAAUACCUGAUGAGCCUGCCAAAGGUGGCGGCUGCAAUAGAUGAGAUUGCCAACCUGUUCUUGUGUAGGUUUCAAGAUCUACAGCUAGACGCUUUCAACUUAAUCUCGAAAAUCCACGGUGAUGAAGAUUUUGGUGAAAUGGAUGCCAAGCAGUUGUGGAGCACCAUUGGCUUUUUGGAAGGCAUUGCUUCUUUGGGGCCGGGCAAUGAUGCAAUGCCAAAGUGUGAAGUUGGCCACUUCCAGAACAGGCUGGAGAGUUCCUUGAAGAUGUGCCUUGACAACGUGAAAAGGGCCUGCGAUGGAGCUGAUAUUGAAAGUCUGCCGCGAACCCAUCAAUUCAUCCGAUGGCAAUCCAAGAUCCGUGCUUGGAGUAGCAUCAAGCCCGACUUGUCUCAGCAAAUGGAUUCUUUUCUGCAAGGAUACAUCGACCAGGCCAUUGGGGGUGCAUCAAAGCAUCCUGACGAGCUUCAUGCUCAUGUACUUCUGGUGGCGAGGCUGGAGAACAUAAGCGAUAUUGCAACACAAAUGCCUGGCUUUGGUGAUGCUGCCAAGAUAGACGGGGCAUUGAAGGAUGCGGAAGAAUGCUUGGAGAAGCACUUUGAACACAUCUUCGAGAGCGCUUCUCAAGCGGCUAACGCAUCGGUCAGAGCAGUCUUGGAGUCUCCUGAGUCAGACUCUGUGGACUUUGUAGUGCUAAAGACAGUAGGGAAGGAGCUAAAAGAGAGCAGAUCAGCAUGGGAGAGUGGCCUUGAAGCAGCUUCAAAGACACAUGCUCGCGUUGUCAAGUGGUACGAACGCCUACAAGGAGCGGCGACUGGCUGGCUUGACUCCUUGCAGGAGCGCAACAAGGAGAUGCUUGACACGGUCGGUGUGAUCGCUGCAGGUGGCAACAAGUCUGAUGUGGAUCUUGCCACUGGUGCCUGUUGCAAGAACCUCUAUUACACCAUGUCCGAGCUCGUAGAUUCCUUGCCAGAUGUUGACAGACAAAAUUGCAUGAAGAGCACGUGUGAUGUCGUGCUGCUCGACACCUUGAACUGUUUUAACGGAGUGAGCUCUGCCGCCUUGACCUUGUCUACACAAGUUGUCAAUGGCUCUGCCACCCAGAGCAUACUUCAGAGCCUGCGAGUGCUCAUUGAAGUACUUCAAGGCUUUGCCUGGAUGGACAUCGCCAAGGAUGCGGAUGCUCCAAAUAGUACGUUGGACAAACUCCAGAAGCAGGUCCAGGAGUAUUCCGACGAACUGUACCGUAGCCUCUGCACUUUGCUACGUACUUUCCUGGAAACCUCUCCGGUGAAGCGAUCCCUUUCGAAGUUUCUACGUGCCUGGAAGGAGUUUCAAGGGCUGAGCGAAUUAAUUCCGGUGUUCCAGUUCCUGGAGGAUGAACAGGCUUCCGUGCCUCCGUGGCUUCUGAACCCUCACUGCACGAUCUCGACUCCUUUCCGGCAGAAGAUGUCAACAAUAUCCUUCACGCCCAUGACCAGCUACGGUGUUCAGAAAAGCGCUGAUGACAUCAAGAUGCUUGUCUUCUCCUGCGUGGAUGCUCCUGGCAACUACAAGGAUCUUCAGCUGAGAGAGCUCUUCUUGUUUUUGUCCCAAGAUGUUGCCCCAAACCACAAAAAGCAACGUCCUUCCAACACUCUCCUUUCUCCGUCCUUAGUCUUGGGGUAUCAUGAGAUUUUUGCAGCAACCAACGGGCCGAAGGAGAAGGAUUUUGUGCUGUGCACCCUGGAGAAGUGGCGAGGAUUAAUGCUCCUGAGUUUGUUGAAGAUGUUUGGUCCAGAGGAGCAGGUUCACGAGCAGGUGAAGAGAGAGGUCCUUGAUGACUUGGGGAAAGUGCGCGACAUGAUUGGGAACCCGACGGAGAGACAAAGCGCGGCCGACACUCUUGUCAAGCUGGCACUCUUAGAGUUGAAGAGUUCAGCUUUCAAUGAAGCUCAAAGACUAUGGCAGCAAUAUCAAUGCUUGCUGACCACGAGAAACUUCGAAGAUGACCAGACAAUCCAGUUGCAACUUGAAGACUUUGAUUUCACAGGCCUCAAGGAUCUCUUGGGAGAAAGACCGGAAAAGGAGAGCGCGGAAAGUACAUUGAGCAAAACCUUCCAUUUACGUCUUGGGCGAAUUGAGUCGACUGUGCGGGAGCGCUUAUCUUUGGCAAAGCGUUCUGUCCAUGAGCCUGAGAUCUUCGCCAGAGAGUUUCGAAAGCUGAAAGCAGCAGAUGCAGAGCUUGGAGACUACUUGAAGCUCUACAAGGACAUUCAGGGUAAGCGUCCCGUGUUCGACUUGUGUGCUGAGCUAGAGGAGAAGAACUACGAUGCAUGCUUGAACCAUGCAGAUGAGCUUCAAUGCUUGGUUUCCAAGUGGGAAGGCGUCGACAUUUUGACAAGAACUCAGCUUUCUGAAGCGGAAGUUGCGCUGAAAAAGGCCGGGUUUACACCGCGGUCUAUAUGA